AUGCAACUGAUACAGUUGUUCAUAUUUCUCUCUAUAUUUCUCGACUGUUAUUCUCGUUAUUUGUUUUAUAAUACGAAUAAUGAACAUGCAUUUGACUGUUUGUACGCUCAUAUACAAUAUUAUGAUGUAGUCAAGAAUGGAGCUUAUCUUACACUUCAUCAUCUAUUUCCUUAUUGUCAGCGACUAGAUAAAAGCGAAACAUCAGCCAUUUUUGUAUUAGAGGAAAAUGUAAAAAACAGAAUAAGUUUUCAAGAAUUAUCAAGAAAUGGAAUAACGAGUUCACAAUUAUUGGAUUGGUUCGUUCCACUUGAUAUUGCCGAAGAGUACGCAAUCAAUGGAGAAAAUCCAGAUAAAUUUAUUUACAAUUGUUCAUCUCCUUGGUUUGGUUCAGCAUGUCAAUAUCAAUUAAUUAAUGAUGAACAAAUUCCAUUUGGUCGACUUGUUCGUCUCACAUUUCUCCAACGUGAAUCACCAUCGUUGGAUCUCGAUUUUCCUCAUGGUACUUGCUAUCCAUUCUUGGAGAGUUGUAUUCGUGGUCCAUCUCCAAUUUGUCUUGAUUGGCGUGAAAUCUGCGAUGGUGUUUAUGAUUGUGUUCAUGGUGAAGAUGAAGAAUUCUGUUAUUUAUUAGAACAAAAUCACUGUUCAGAAGAUGAAUUUCAGUGUCGUAGAAGCAAAGAAUGUAUUUCCCAGACAUUUGUUGAUGAUUAUGAAACCAGCUUUGAUUGUCUCGAUGCCACUGACGAAACGGGAUAUAGUUCACGGGGAUUCGGAGAUUCGUGCAUGCGUUUUCCGACAUUUGAAUGUGAAGAGAUGUGUCGCGAAGCGGAUCGUUCUUUUCCUUGUGGUGAUGGGCAAAUGGCUCUAUAUCUAACACCUCAUUUUACUUCCACCUGUGGAAACUUACGCGAACAAUACAUGACUAUUGCUCUGUUCACUUCAUUCGAUUAUAUUUCCAACUCAGCAUGUCGACAACGACUCAUAUGUUUAGUCCGUCCCGAUAAAAUCGAAUUUCUUAUACACUCGCAGGAUCAAAUUCGUUGUCAAUUGCCUUUAGAUUAUUGUCCGUUGGAAUGGCUCGUUUUUCCGGAGUAUCCAAUACUUUAUUCGCUGUUCCAAUUUGUGUAUCUAACAAAUCGAUCGAUAUCCUUGUCAACAAANUCAUUCGAUUAUAUUUCCAACUCAGCAUGUCGACAACGACUCAUAUGUUUAGUCCGUCCCGAUAAAAUCGAAUUUCUUAUACACUCGCAGGAUCAAAUUCGUUGUCAAUUGCCUUUAGAUUAUUGUCCGUUGGAAUGGCUCGUUUUUCCGGAGUAUCCAAUACUUUAUUCGCUGUUCCAAUUUGUGUAUCUAACAAAUCGAUCGAUAUCCUUGUCAACAAAUGAUAUUACACCAGAUUUUAUUUGUUUCAAUGCAAGUCGAUGUCCGAAAUAUCUGUUUUGUUCGGUGGAUAUUGGAAUGAAAAAUGGACAUCAUUGUUGUCACACUAGUAGUAUGACUCACGGGGAAAUAGAUAUAUGGGGGGAAUUUCCGUUUAUUUUUGGAUCUAUUUUCGAAGACUGUUCGGAAAUUGCUCGAGAUAAAGAAUUUUUAUUGACCGCUGAAGAGACAAAUUCUUCUAUAAAUAUCAAUAAUCAAUGGAUUACCUUACAUAAAACAUACCCGUUUCCGUAUAUUUGUGAUAGCCAUGAUCAUAUAUUGGAUGAUGACGAAACGGAUGAAACUGAUUGCCAUCUUUGGCCAUGCAAUAAUCCAUAUACUCGAUGUAAUCAGCGUUUUCAAUGUUUGAAUGGCAUCGAUGAAAUUAAUUGCUCGUACAGUUUAUGUGCAUCCAAUGAAAUCCGUUGUGAUGACUCGAACUCGUCUUACUGUUUGCCCGUGUCGCACUUAGCCGAUGAUUAUACACAAUUUGAUCCAUAUAGACCAUAUCGUCUUAUACAUUUAAUUAAUGAGACAAUCGGUGAUCUUGAAAACUAUUUGUUUUGGAAUCAAACCAGAUGUAUUACUAUCGAAUAUUCUGACCAAAAUCGUUUGAUUUCAUUGGUGGGAAAUAAUGAUGAUCCUUGCGUAAUACCAAGAUAUCCAACAUCUUUGACUUCCUACAAAAUUAUAGUAAGCAGAAACGAAACAAAGCUGUGUACUUCGGGCCCAAUUCUUAUGGAUAUUUUUUAUAAACAAUCUCCGUAUCUUCGAUCAUCACGCUUAGGUUACUUCCCAUCAGUUAUUCCUCAAGCUUCUUAUCGAUCAACAGAAAUUCAAUCAAGUCAACCAACUCUUUUCGAUCUUCGUUCAGAUGAUUUCGUUAAUUGGUAUUGUAAUCGAGGAUUUCUCAUUUUUUAUCAAAAUAAUCAAACGACCAAAUGUCUUUGUCCUCCAAGUUACUUUGGUUCACGAUGUCAAUGGCAAAGUCAACGUGUUAGUCUNCUGUUCACUUCAUUCGAUUAUAUUUCCAACUCAGCAUGUCGACAACGACUCAUAUGUUUAGUCCGUCCCGAUAAAAUCGAAUUUCUUAUACACUCGCAGGAUCAAAUUCGUUGUCAAUUGCCUUUAGAUUAUUGUCCGUUGGAAUGGCUCGUUUUUCCGGAGUAUCCAAUACUUUAUUCGCUGUUCCAAUUUGUGUAUCUAACAAAUCGAUCGAUAUCCUUAUCAACAAAUGACAUUACACCAGAUUUUAUUUGUUUCAAUGCAAGUCGAUGUCCGAAAUAUCUGUUUUGUUCGGUGGAUAUUGGAAUGAAAAAUGGACAUCAUUGUUGUCACACUAGUAGUAUGACUCGCCGGAAAAUAGAUAUAUGGGAGACAUCUCCAUCUAUUUUUCGAUCUAUUUUCGAAGACUGUUCGGAAAUUGCUCGAGAUAAAGAAUUUUUAUUGACUGCUGGAGAGACAAGUUCUUCUAUAAAUAUCAAUAAUCAAUGGAUUAACCUACACAAAACAUACCCGUUCCCAUAUAUUUGUGAUGGUUAUCGUCAUAUAUUCGGUGAUGACGAAACGGAUGAAACUGAUUGCCAUCUUUGGCCAUGCAAUAAUCCAUAUACUCGAUGUAAUCAGCAUUUUCUAUGUUUGAAUGGCAUCGAUGAAAUUAAUUGCUCGCGCAGUUUAUGUGCACCCAAUGAAAUCCGUUGUGAUGUGGACUCGAACUCGUUUUACUGUUUGCCCGUGUCGAACUUAGCCGAUGAUUAUACACAAUUUGAUCCAUAUAGACAAUAUCGUCUUAUACAUUUAAUUAAUGAAACAAUCGGUGAUCUUGAAAACUAUUUAUUUUGGAAUCAAACCAGAUGUAUUACUGUCGGAUAUUCUGACCAAGAUCGUUUGAUUUCAUUGGUGGGAAAUAAUGAUGAUCCUUGCGUAAUACCAAGAUAUCCAACAUCUUUGAAUCUCUACGAAACUAUAGUGAGCAGAAACAAAACAAAGCUGUGUGCUUCGGGCCUAAGUCUUAUGGGUGGCUUUUAUAAACAGUCUCCGCAUCUUCAAUCAUCACGCUUAGGUUACUUCCCAUCAGUUAUUCCUCAAGCUUCUUAUCGAUCAACAGAAAUUCAAUCAAGUCAACCAACUCUUUUCGAUCUUCGUUCAGAUGAUUUCAUUAAUUGGUAUUGUAAUCGAGGAUUUCUCAUUUUUUAUCAAAAUAAUCAAACGACCAAAUGUCUUUGUCCUCCAAGUUACUUUGGUUCACGAUGUCAAUGGCAAAGUCAACGUGUUAGUCUCACACUUCAGUUGAAAUAUUUCACUUUCACCUAUGAAAUGCCCAUUUUUCAAAUAAUCUCAAUGCUUAUUGAUGAUCGAGGACAAAUUAGCCCAUAUGAUGAACAAGCAAUUCAUUUACCAAAACGUGAUUGUGGAACCAAAUAUCAUGUUUAUUUACUUUAUCCAUCAAGACCAAAGGAUUCCUCGCUGAAUUAUUCAAUUCGGAUUGAUAUUUUCAAUCGCAUAACUUUAACACAUUGGGCAAGCUGGCUUUUACCAAUCCCAUUUCCAUUUAUUCCCGUCAAUCGUGUUGCUGCACAAUUACUCAUUCCUUUUAAUUAUCAACAAACUGCAUUGUCGUGUCCAUUGUCUUGUGGUAAACAUGGCAAAUGUCUCAAAUAUGUCAACACAAAUUUCUCCUACUUUUGUCAAUGUGAUUCAGGUUAUUCGGGAUCAAAUUGUCAAUUUAAUCAUAAUUGUUCUUGUUCAUCUGAUUCAUUUUGUCUCAGUUCAUCCAUUUGUAUUUGUCCAUUAUACAAAUUUGGUUCGAAAUGCUACUUAAAGCAUACAUCAUGUCAAUCAUCAACAAAUCCGUGUGAAAAUGAUGGGCAGUGUGUACCGAUCGAUGACCGCAUUUCUAUGAAUAACUUCACAUGCAUUUGUAAAGAAGGAUUCUUUGGAGAUCGAUGCGAAAAUAUCCAAAAUCGAAUUGACAUUCAAUUUGAUGAUCGUACGCUCACAAGAGGAAAACCUGUUUUGAUUCAUUUCAUUACAAUCCAUGACAAAACUGAUCAUGUGCAAAGUACAGUGUUAAAACAAAUCAAAUAUGGUCAAAAUCAAGUGACAAUUCUGACGGCUAUGCCAUUUCAUCUUGUUUUUGUAGAACUUCUCCAGGGUGACUUCUACUUAACUGUUAAACGCGAAGAAUCUAUCAAAUCCGAACAUAUUCGAACAAAUUUGCGAUCCAACCAUCAAUGCAUGCUUAUUGAUCAAUUAUUAAAUGAAACAUUGAAAUCUUUUCAUUACCUUCGUCGUGUUAAAUUUUAUCCAUUCUUCUGUCGACAGAAUAAAGAUUUGAUGUGCUUUUACGAUGAACUCUACGUGUGCGCUUGUGAUGAAGAUCGGUUUUCCAAUUGUUUUUCAUUCAAUCGGAAUGUAACUUAUAAUUGUGAUCAAAGCGAAAAUCCUUGUGAAAAUAAUGGAAAAUGUUUUCGAGCAAAUCAAACAUGUUCAAGUUCUAUCAGAUGUUUUUGUUCAGGUUGUUUUUAUGGAACAAAAUGUGAAUUUACAACUGAAGGUUUUGUUUUAUCUCUCGAUUAUAUUCUCAGUUAUCAUAUUAAACCAAAUCUUUCCAUUUUUCAUCAGCCAUUUAUUGUCAAAAUGAGUGUCGCUAUCGUUACAAUGGUGUCUUUCACUGGACUUAUUGGUGGAUUAUUAGCAAUUGUGACAUUUCGUACGAAGGAAAUUCAGAUCAAUGGCUGUGGAUUUUAUCUAUUUGCAUCCGGUUGGAUUUCAGUCAUAAUUCCAAGUGUAUUAGUAAUCAAAUUUAUUCAAUUGAAUUUAUUGCAGACGAAAAUUUACAGAAAUUUAUCGAUUUUUCGCUUGAAUUGUGUUCUAUUAGAUGUAGUUAUUAAAGUUCUUUUAGCAAGUAAUGAUUGGCUUGAUGGAUGUGUUUCGAUCGAACGUGUUUUCACUGUUAAACAAGGUGUCAAAUUUGAUAAAACUAAAAGCAAACAAGUAGCCAAGUGGGUCAUUCUAUUUAUUCUUCUCUUUACGACUUUAACUCACCUUCAUGAUCCUCUUCAUCGACAAUUAGUUGAAGACGUCGAUGUUGAUGAACAACGAAUCUGGUGUAUCUCUCGUUAUUCAUCUUCGAUUAAUAGUUACAAUUCAUUUAUAACUUUGUUUCAUUUUCUUGUUCCAUUCGCUAUUAAUUUAAUUUCAACAGUAAUUAUUAUAAUUUCAAUCGCUCGAAAUCGUUCAACUAUUCAAACAAGAUUAUCGUAUUUGGAACAUCUUAAAUUACAAUUAAAAGAGCACAAACAUCAUUUCAUUGCAUCGUUUACAUUGAUAUUAUUGGGAUUACCGCGCCUUGUCAUUUCAUUUAUAAGUGGAUGUAUGAAAUCACCGAGUAAUUCUUGGUUAUUUCUCUCGGGUUAUUUUGUUUCGUUUUUACCAUCGAUGAUGACAUUUGUUGUUUAUGUUUUACCAUCGAGAACUUAUAAAGAUCAAUUUGAUAAUGUUGUUGAAAAAACACUUCGACGCUUUGGUCGAUAA